CGAAGGCAAGAUGGUGGACGAAGAGUGUCGCACGUGUCUUUUGUGUGGGACAGUUGUGACCGGAUUUGAAGCGAUAGCCGCUUCAGAAUGCACGGAAAAACUCAACUGCAAACCAACGAAGAAGCAGGGAAAAAUGUACUUUGAAAUUCCUGUAGAAUCAGUCGAAAAAGCUAAUAAAUUGUGUUCAGUUGAGCACUUGUUCGUAGUCGUGAAGAAGGUCGAAGAUUUUGGCAUCAGUAACAGCGAUGAGGACAAGGAAACUGUACUAAAUAGGUUCGGUCAACUUGUGAAUGAAAUUAAUUGGGACCAAGGCCUUGAAAUAUGGAGGGAUUGUACCAACUAUCAAGGACCUUUGAAACUAGUUGAGAAACCACGUGAUAGCAGUGCUGAUGAUGCUGAUGAUAAUAGUACAUGUAAUGAAAGUGUUUCUAAAAAAGCAAAAACUGAAGACUUUUCAUCCCUUCCAAGGUUUCGUGUAACUUGUGCUAGAACAGGAUCGAAGCACAGUUUUUCAUCCAUGGAGGCAGCGGCAAGCUUUGGAGGGGCAAUAAAUGAUUUAUUUCACUGGCGUGUGGACUUAUCAAAUGCAGAUAUUGAGGUACUGCUGAAUAUUACUAACAACACCUUGGUAAUUGGUAUUGCACUUACUCGGCAGUCAUUAGGAAAGAGAAAUAUACAACAUUUUGGUCCAACAACUCUGAAGUCCUCAAUAGCAUAUUGUCUUCUACACUUGGCAUGCAUUAAUCCUGGUGAUAUAGUCUGUGACCCCAUGUGUGGGGGAGGGUCCAUACUAAUAGAGGGGGUCCUCAACUGGCCAAUGGCAGCUCAUUUCUGUGGUGAUAAUCAUGAACUGGCCACUGCAAGGGUUCUGGCAAACUUGAAAUGUAUCUCUGAAGAUGAAAAGAGAUGUUUCCCUCAAGAUAUCUACCAAUGGGACACAUGUAACCUACCCCUAAGGACUAGCACUGUUGACGUUAUGGUAACAGAUAUGCCAUUUGGCAAGAAAAGUGGGUCACGACAACUCAACUGGACACUUUACCCCAAGGCUUUGACUGAAAUGGCCAGGGUCUGCCCACCCAAAACAGGCCGUGCUAUCAUUCUGACGCAGGACAAGAAAGUGAUGAAAAAAGCUUUGAAUCAGGUUUCACAGUGGUGGAAAGUGAAGUCAACUUUGUGGAUUAACAUGGGAGGGUUACAAGCUGGUGUUUAUGUGCUUUUAAGAAGCGAGAAAAGUCUUUUAGAUGCCUAGUAUGUAUUAUUGUAGUACUAUAGCUCUAGUACUUUAGCUUGCAUUUAUUCCUAGCACUUGGAAGGUAUCAGUAAAUGUAAGAAAUUAUAAAUGAUUAAACAGUCUGAUCUCAUGAUGUAUUCCUGUGACAAUGUCCAUCAGGACAGAGGAGUUGCUCUGGAUUUCCUGUGUCCUAAGCAUUGACUAACUUUCAUGUGUUUUGGAAAAUCACUUUUGUGAAAGAGCUUCCCUCAAUAAAGAUUGUUAUCAAUAUCUACCAAUGACUAAACAAUGAUUACCAUUGAUUAAAAAUCUAUUUCAUAGCUUAAAAUUAUUAAUGGAAUGCUCUAUAUCUAUAGUGAUUUUAUUCCCCUAAAACAGGAACUGCUAGAUCACAGUUAACAUAAUACCAGGUUUGAAGAGAACCAUAGGAGUAGUGAUGGUCUAUAGGUCGCUUGCAUGUGACAUCAAAGCAGCUCAAUUUAUAGGACAAAACAAAAGAAUGUCAACAUUGCUUAACAUGCUGCAAGGUAUCUAUUGUUCAUGAAGGUAUUACCAACUUCAAUCAGCAUUUUGCUGCCAAUUCCAUUUGUUUGACCUUGGAUUCUACUUUGUGAGUUAUAAAAAAAUAGAAUGACAAUCAUGAUAGUUUAAUCAGAGACAUCAGAAAUCAAUUUAAAGAAGAUAAGUUAUCAGAGGUGUUAUUUAGAGCUUUUGUCCUGUUCCAGUUACUGUAAAUGGUAAAUUAUGUACCAAAAUUUAUUUCUUAUUUGAGUAAAUACAUAAUUUCAAUUAUUAUAAUUUUAUUAUUGUUUUAUAGUUUUUUAGAAACAAUUUUACAAUGCAUGCAUACACAUGCAAACAUUUUUAGUUAAACUAUAAGCAUUUAACUGAAAAUAUUUUGCUUAUAAUUAAAGAAUCUGAGUGCAAACAAUAUAACCGUGAAACUUUAGUAAUACUAAAUAGCACAAUUUCAUGCAAAUUCCAUUGUUUUCUAUUGUUUAAUUAGAACUAUUUUGUACUAUUUAGUAAUUAGUGUUUCACGGAUUAAUUGUUUGCACUCUAUCCUUUUGUUUUCAAUUGUUUAAUUGGUGCUAUUUUGUACUAAUACUAUUACACAAAUAUACACGUAAUUCAAAAACCUUCUCAUCACCAAAGGCAAUAGAUCAUUCUGACAUGGAUAUGGUUUCACUGAUUACAAAGAAUAUUAAAUCAGUUUCAACAAUAAAAAUAAGAAGCAGAAACAUAAGUUAUGCCAGCUAUUUUUUGAUCUUGGAAUGACCUAUCUUCUAUCGCUUUUCGCCUAUCACCUUUGGCGAUGACAACGUUUGUUGAAAUAGGUGCACUCUUUACAUAAAUAUGAAGCACACUUAAAGUGUGUGCCAUAUAUUUGUGAAACAAAUUACUACGCCACAUAGAGCUUAAAAGUAUUUAUUUGACUAUUACACGUUGACUAGUAUUUUUUAUUUCAAUGGUUCAAUGCCUUUACUCUAGUUAUAAUCUACUAUUUAGCUGUAAAAAAGCUAAGAAUUCAUUCAGGAAUGAACCAAACAAAAAGGUAGCAACAUCCACUAUUUUGUACAAAAUAGCUGCAAUUAGACAAUACAUUUUUUGGUUUUGUUUCACAGAUAUAUGGUGUGUACUCCACAAUAAUUUACUACAUUUUAUAGAUUUAUUGGUCAAAAACGAAGCAUUCAAAGCAAAAAAGGCUGCAUAGACAGUUUUUUAGGGUUAACGUAAUAAAGUACUUGGUGAAGAGUGUCAAAGUGCAGCUUGAAUCCAAGAUCAGAAUUUUAUCAUCUCUUAAUGAAAAAAUAAGAUUUCACAAAAACAAAA